GCCGAAUCGUUCCAAUGCGAUUUGCUGUACUUCGUGAGUGUAACGAUUUCAUGUACUUAAUAUUUGCAUGGCGUUUACCGAUCACCCAGACGUUAUAGGCCACUUCCAGUGACGAGAAAGUGGCGCGCAACUACAGCCGUUCGCUGAUUGUUUCCGCAAGUGGAUCACAGAAAACCGCGGGGACGCCGUAAGAGGCAUGCAUGUCGAUUCUCUUCUUUUGCCACUCGCGUCUCCUGGCCGCUGAACCUGUUUUAGCUUGAAUUCCUACGACCAAUUGGGUAUGGAGAGUAGACUGUUUGCGCACAUCAGGUGAACUCGUUACCAUGCUGUUAUGGCUUCUCCACAUGCCCACGACCUCUCACACUGAAAAGCUCUGUGUUUGGAUUCUUUCCCUGCUCAACUGGACCAGAUCAGAUACAACGCUGGCUUAUUGGACACAAGUUCUCUGUUCGGCCAUUUUUGGAAUUGGUUGUCACCCCAUCCAUCCCUGUGCGCAUUGUCUUUUCCUUUCAAGCGCGUUGCAGUUUUGAGCUGUUAGCUCAUCAUCUGGUCAUUCUUCAAUUGCACGCACGGAUAUGUAGGGAUAUCUCAGAGCUCAAAGUCACCGGUUUGUUUUCAUCGCACUCGGAGAGACACAGGUGCCUUAGUUCCAAUCAAUUUUUGGUCAUGACAUGAAGUUGGUAGGUGUGUAAAGUAAGUUACAUAUCUACUUGUUUUCCCUGUGCACAGCAAUGCCCCACAUCUGUUUGUUUUCGCAUCUAUCGUCGUUCUCAAGGGUCUGACGAACUAGGAGUGUGUCAGCUUCUUUCAUUUCCAUCCCUGGAUUUCCCAUGGGACUGAACAAGGUGCAAGGAACAACCAGCAGCCAAGGCAGGGUCAGCAGGGGUAUUGCAUGCCUGGGAAGCUGAUCUUGACUGGUGCAACACUGAGGAAGCCUCCUUUGUUUUGUUCUUCUUCCCACAAAGUAGGAGUCCGAACAAGAUGGCGAACCUACUCCCAGCAAAGAACAUGGUGCAGCCCCGGACAUUGACUUUGCGGAAGAAGGAUAUUCUGAAGAUUGAUCGGGAAACUGCGAUAACUACAAUCAAGCCAAAGCUUAUCGCUGGGCUUGUCGCGCUUAUUGAGAGGGAAGAGGAUCGAGCCCAGUUUUUGACGUUCUGUCGAAGAGUUGACUCCACUGUGAGAGCGUGGUACAUGCGUCAGUUUGAUGAACUCAUGCAACUUCAUGCACUUCUCGACCCGGUCUCCGGUCCGGCAAGGUUGAAACAACAGCAGCUGACCCCUGCCCAAGUCGACAAGCUUGAGCAGAAGUUCUUAAAAAGCUUAUUUGAAAUGAUGGAGAAGAGCAACUUCAAGAUGAUGACGACCGAGGAGGUGGAACUUGCAAACUCGGGAACCUAUCUGCUUAACCUGCCAAUCGCUGUUGACAAAAACAAGCUGGACAGGAGGCUUCUUUCCAGGUACUUUGCCAGCAAUCCAACUGAGGAAGUCCCCAAAUUUUCUGAUAUGUACGUUAUCUUCCGUCGUGGAAUUGGGAUUGACCGGACGAGUGGGUUCUUCAUAAUGGAGAAAAUUGAUGCAUUGGUAGCUCGCUUCUGGAACGAUCUUCUAUGCUUGCUUAGGUUGAGAAAGCCGCAAGACUUGACUUCCGAAGUGAUCUCGGUAAAGAGCAUCAAAUCAAGCCGCAGCUCCCAAUUUGAUGCGGAUGGAGGCAACGACUCUGUGGGUAGUCAUAGCCGUUCUAGCUCAAGUGGCGAGUUAGAAGGAGGGCAGGGGCAAAGGCAAAGGCUAGCCGUCUCAGCUGCACCCCCAGCAUCGGGACCAGAGACAUCUCCGCUGUUACGAGUCGAUGAUCAUCUGAGUAAUGGCAUGUCGUCUGUUAGUCUGCAACACAGGAAGGAGUCAAAGGUGGGUUUUAAUUUUAAUCUCAGACAAGCUGCGGAUGCUGACGGGGAGAUCCAGCCAGACGAUGUGCUUGUCCCCAGCUUUGGCAUUCCCGCCAGUGGAGGAGCAAGCUUGGAGGGUCAAUAUGAUGGCGCUUCUUCGUCUGGGCAGCAGUUGGACGGAGCCGGAGCGUACGUCCAUAGAGAUGAGAGCACUGGGGAUGCGCACUUAUAUGUCGAGCGGAUACGGAUUGAAAACAUGCAGAUCAACUUUCGGAACCUUUUCAGCCCGGUCACACUUCAGGAGCCAACUUUCGAGCGCGUCAUUGUCGUUUACCGAAAGGCCACACCCAAAGAAGAUGGGUCAUUACUUGGAGAUCGAGGUAUACAUAUCAAGCACUUCUGCAACAUCCCCCUGGCAGACAUGGAAAUUGUAUUGCCAGAAAAGUGCAAUCCCGGGCUAACUCCAAGCGACACGCUGAAGUUUAUUGGGACGGCUUUGUUUGGGCUGGUGGCACUGAUAAGCAGUGCCACAUCGGGGGGAACAAUCGAAGGUUCGAUUGCUCUGGCUGUUCUUCUCGCCUUGGGGGCAUAUGGAGCAAAGGUGUACAGCUCAUUUCAGGCUGCGCAGGCGGAGUAUCAGAACCUCAUCACGAGAUCGUUGUAUGACAAACAGCUUGACAGCGGCCGUGCCACUCUCCUUCUCCUGUGUGAUGAAGUAAUUCAGCAGGAGGUGAAGGAGGUGGUCCUAGCAUUCUUUGUGCUCAUGACUCAAGGAAAGGCGACAUUGGAAGAGCUCGACGCACGGUGUGAGCAGAUUCUAGAGGAACUGUUUCAUGAAAGGACAGAUUUUGACGCUGUUGACGCGUUGGACAAACUUGAGAAGUUGGGAAUCGUGACUCAGGACUCGCUUGGAAGGUAUGGACACAUGUCUUUGAAACAUGCGAAUGAUCUUAUUGGAGUGACAACAGACGAACUUGUACUCUUGAAGGGCAUGCGAGGUGCGGGACUGAAGGCGUCAAAGUCAGUGCGCUUCUAGAUCGUGUGGCGUCCUGCUAAAUGGGAUGUUUUGUUGUUUCCCUCACCAUUUAACACUGAUGUGGAGCUCUACUGUAGGCCCAGUUUCUCACCUGGUGAUUACGCUGUUGUUUGUAGAUACCGCAUAGGCCGCGGCUUUGUCAGGAGACCUUAUUGGGCCGGCCGCACUUCCUUUUGUUAUCAAGAGGACUCUGAUGCCAUGGCUUGAUUGACAGAACCUGACGAAAGAAAGUAACACAUCCAUGCUUGCUUUCUGCCGUUGUUUGUGCACGGUUCUGAGGAGAUUCCUAAGGAAGUUCCAUAAUCUCAUUGUGAAAUCAGCAAACGGUACUAAGUACGGUAAGUGAAACCCCCUGCAGCUUUUCCGGACAGCUUGUCCAUAUCGUUGUCAGUUUUUCAUUCUCCUUCCCUUGGGCUGGCUUUGAAUCGAUGACGGACUUGCGUUGACUGAGCUCUCCUUCCACUGUGCAGAUAGGAAGGAUCUGCCUGAGAACUGUUGAAAUGCAACUCUCACUUUGAAUCCCAGUGAACUCGUAGGAUCUGCCGACAUCCACCUUAGUCAUUUGUGAAUUUGGGACCACUUUAGGCUCUUUCCUCGCUCUCGCUGCCGUAACCAUCAUCUCAUUUAAUAAUUUGAUUACAAACGAUUGACUUGAUUGCCGUUACCCCAAUUAGCUUCUCACGUCUUCACAGUUGUUCACCUUCAGGACCCUGUUGUGUCCUCAAAUUUCGAUCGUCCACCAGUUUGGCCCACGAUCCCUUUCAGCGUGUACAGAACUGUUGUCCCUUUGAGGCAGCCACCAAUUGUAGUUUGCAGCUAGUGGCCCUGCGUCUGUAAAGAUAAAAUCGGCUUAGUUCGUUUGUUCAUUUUUUCUCCGAGUGCUGUUGAUCCUGUGCAGUCCAAGACAGUGCGAAGUUGUGAAACUGUCUUUGAAUUUGGACCAUUUCUGAUUUAUGCUUGUCAUCCUUGCACAGGGGCCAUGCUAAUCGUCCGUCUCUGCAUUGUUCAAAUUUUGAAGGCUGUCCCGAAGGAUUUUGGCAGAGCAAGGCUCUGCAGUCUCUGCAUUUUAGCAGAUGUUACAUAGGCUGUGCAGUUUCAGGCUGGAGUUGGUUCUUAACUGGCUGUCCAAGUUGUGUGCAGGCACUCAGCACGUGUUGUUUUGCAGGUUUUGCAGUGAGUGUGGCUUGCAGCGUCAUUCAGAAUGUAUGGGAAAAUUGGGGUCCGUUCGUUUUGCUCUUCGUGCCACCACAGGGUGUUCCAUUUGUUCCUGGAACCAAGUGGGACUCUGUCUACACCUGGCAGCAGGUGGCAGGUUAAUCACAUCCGCACAGAAGUUCCGAGUCAGUCACUUCCUCAUGCGACAAACCAGGUGGGCUCAUUUUGUUCCUGGAAGCAGGUUGGACUCUACCUGUUUGAAGCCAGAUGGGAGGUUUUUCUUUUGUUUUUCAAAGAGAAAUGUGACGGGGUGGUGGGGCAGGGACUGCCGGGGGGUGCUGAACCACCAAGCGAAAGCACGACAGGGCCGUUGCAAGAUGUCGCCCACAGGGAGGGGCGAUCAAUGCACAGGCCCUACAGAGACAUCGGCCUGUGGACAGCCCUGGCUGCUUGGGGGGGGGGAAUACUGUUCUGUGUGGCCACGGUGCUCCUCUCUCUCUCUCUCUCUCUCUCUCUCUCUCUCUCUCUCUCUCUCUCUCUCUCUCUCUCUCUCUCUCUCUCUCUCUCUCUCUCUCUCUCUCUCUCUCUCUCUUUCUCUCUCUCUCCCCCUCCCUCCCUCCCAAACACCUGGGGAUAGUUAUCAUGUGUGAUAAGCGACAUGUAUGGAAGAUCUGUCGAAUGAUAGGGGAGGGGAGAGGGGAAGAGGACGAGACUCGUAGGAAGGGAGGCGAAGAGGAGGAGGUCGGGAGGAGAAGGACAUCCUGGCCAUCUAUGUCCUGCAUGCAUCCAUCAAUGAACUGAGAGAACCUUUGGGGUAAGUCAAUUAAUCAAUCAAGCAAGCAAGCAACAAACCAAUCAAUCAAUCAAUCAACCAGCCAACCAACCAACCAAUCAAUCAAUCAAUCCUUUCUCCUCUCCCGUGUUCUAAUACGUGCAUUCGAAAUCCUAUGGAAAGACUGCUCAACGAGCUGCUGACCUUACACCCAACUAGAUCCGAUCAGUCCUGGUCUAUUCCUCCUCCGAAUUUCUCGCAUGCGUGCUUGGAGUCUAAUUCAUAUUUCGUACAGUGCAAGAGUGUGCAUAACUAAGUUAGCAGUUCCAUAUUUCGUACAGUGCAAGAGUCUGCAUAACUAAGUUAGCAGUUCCGGUCUCACAUGCACCUCUCUCUGUUCUCACCCUGCUUCUCAUAAACCUCG